AUGGGAACUGAAAUACAGUCAAAGAUGUAUCUACCAGGAUAUUAUUCCAUACCGACUCUAACUAGCAAUGUUGGCCAUGGUGGAUGGUCCCUACUCAACGAGAACAAAUCCUUGACGAAUGGGCAACAAUAUGACAUACUCUCGAUGAGGCCAGUUGUCGAUGGAUUUCAUGAAAGCAGUAAGGAACAAGUGAGGCAAAUGAUUUUGAAGCAUGAAUCUAUAUUCAAACAUCAGCUCAAUGAACUUCAUCGUCUUUAUGAAAGACAAAAGGACUUGAUGAAUGAGAUCAAAAGCAAAGAGUUGCUCAAAAUUCAAAAAGCAGCAGCGGCAUCACAACUACCUCUUUUUUCAUCUGGUUUUCCCUUGGUUGGUUCAGGUUACCAUAGACCAUCUAUGUCAACUACUGCUAUUAGCAGCCAAUCAUAUUGUAAUUCUAUUGGAAGCACCCAGCCAACUAGUGGUGUACCCAGCCAAAGUGGAGUCAAGAAGCUUCAGAGAAGAUUGUUCAACCUGGAACUUCCAGCUGACGAAUACAUCAGUGAUGGAGAGGAACCAGAAGGAGUUUUAUCGGGACCAUCAAACGAAACUUAUCCUCCUAACAGAAGAAAUGAGGCUAAAGUGUCAUUUAAUCACAUUGGUGAAGCAUUUGGCGAUAACGGUGGUGCUUUGAGCUCUGGCUUGUAUUUUGAAAGAAGCUCAUUGACCGGUCUGAAGGAACCCAUUCAGAUAGACAAAAUGUCUCUCUCAACAGAUGAUGUGUACAGAGGUGUCUGGCCUUUUGCAAAGAAGUUUCCAGAGAACCCACAAUUGGGGAAGGCUGGAGGAGUUAGUGAUAUGCAUUUGAAGCAUGAAAGCAACCAAAAGGAAUGGUUAACAAAUGGUCUCAAUGCUGAUCAAACAAGAACUUCAUUUGGUGGAAGUUUUGGCCUUCCAGAUUUUAAGAAGCCUUGUGAACCAUCAAAAAUUGAAGCUAGGAAAGCAUGUGAGCCUGCCAAGAGGACACUUUUUGGUAUAGAAAUCUCGGAUAGAGAUUUAAAUUCAUCUUCUCAGGCUUCUAAGUCUGAUGUCGCCGCCAUUUCUGAGUCACCUCCUACUUGGGCAAGACCUCCAAGUAGCUUGAGCAACAACUGGACAUCAGUUCAACCGAACAGUUUGUUUAACACCUCCACACACUCAAAUAGGGAUUCAAUUAUGUUGCAGCAAAAACCUGAAGUUACCAGGGAAAGAUUGCUUUUAGAUUGCAAUUCCAGACCAUUCAGUCCAAGUCUAAAAGCUGAACUGCCACACCAAAAUGGUGUUUUUUUUCGCAGUAAGUUUGAGAGCAAUGAAUUACACAGUUAUCAGCCUUCAAUCGGUGGAGGCUUCCUCUAUGCAGACAGCAGCCAUAGUUCUGCUUCUAAAGAUUUCACACAACAUGGUGCUCAGUCGCACUAUUCGAGUAUAGGUUGCAGGGCAGAUAAUGAAUUUGUGAACAGACUGGGGAACCAAGAUACCCCACAAGGAAGACUGCAUUGGCUUGAAGCAGCUUCAGUUUGUAAUGGUCCACUUGCUUCAGCAGUUGACAACAAUUCUGUUAAAGUUGGGUUUGUGAAAGGUGAUACAGUUCAUGAUCCUACGCCACAGAUGUGUAGAGAGAAACUGAAAACGCAGAAUGACAAAGCUUAUUCUGGGUACCAUAUAGACUUGAACAGAUGUUUAACUGAAGAAGAAACUCGAAUAGAUGUGCAGGUACCAUUAGAAGUUGCAAGAGAUGUCAACUUUGGUGAAGCUUCUGAGCAAAGAAUUUGUAAAGAAAUUUUUCAUUCAUCUCAUGAUGGCCCAAUCAGGGUUGCAGCUGAGACUCUGGUUGCCAUCUCAUCAUCGCAAGCUCAUGACAUGCAGGAAAAAGCUGCUACACAUGGUCUUGAUCAAGAAAUUUCUGCUUGUCGUGAAGACAAUGCAACAGCAAUUGACAACUCCCUUCUGUGGUUUGCAGAAAUAGCUUCUUCAAACGAACCAAAUCUUGGACAGACGGAUAAUGUCGUAAAAAUUAAUGGAGCAAGUAGUUCUGCCUGUGAUGAAAACUCCUCACUGGACUCAAUGGAUUACUUUGAGUACAUGACAUUAAAUCUGGUGGAAACCGAGUUAGAUCAGUGCUGCAACGUCACUUCAGACAAUCCAGAAGAAGAAGUGUCAUUGUCAAAACGGCCACAAAGGGGUGUGACGAGGAGAGGGAGGCAAAAGAAGGAUUUCCAGAGGGAUGUUCUCCCCGGUAUUGCUUGUUUGUCAAGAAAUGAGGUGACUGAGGAUCUUCAAACAUUUGAAGGGUCAAUUAGAGCAAGUGGUGGCAGCUGGCAGUCAGGUUUAUCCCAGAGAAAUGCUGGUAAGGUUGGCGGGGGAAGAGGGAGGAAGCGUUUGGGAACUUGCACUCUAUCUACUACUAGUACUGUGCAGGCUGCACUUAGUCAGCCCCAGAUGGAGCAGCAGCCUCAGUGUGGAGAGCUGCAGGAACUUGAGGAAAGAAGUAUGGCAGUGACUGGAGGUUGGGGUAAGAGGACAAGGCGUCCACAGCGGCAAAGAUAUCCCAUUGAUAGUUCUCCUGUUUCUCAAAAAUAAAGGAGGAGAUAAGUCAUUUGCUGAGUGGACUUGUAUGAUUAUUCAUAAUAAGUUUAUAGAAAAGUUUGCUGAACUGAAAAGUGUAACAUUAACAUUACAGAAAGAGUGUAAUAGAGGUGUUCUGAUAGAUUAUAUUU